UUUAUUAAAGACAUAUCAUAUAAUUAAAUUAAAGAAUAAGUAAAUAUUUGAAUGAAAUGGAAUAUAAAUUUGGAUAUUGUGUUUGCGUUGUAUUGUAACUUGGACGUAUUUUUAAAUUCUUGUCUUGAUAUAUUGCUUCUUUAAAGCGAAUUUGAAUAUUUUAUUUAAUAGCUAGAAUGGCUGAUAGUGCAGCAAUAGAGAGGGAAAAGCAUAUGAAACAAUUAAAACGUAGAAUGGAAUGUUGGCGUGAAGUAAUACUUCCAUUAAAUUCUAUUUUAUUAUGGGAACGAUCUUGGUAUCCUGGUCUUAUACUUGGAAUUACAACCACAAUAUUUUUUUUAAUAUGGAUGUUGGAACCUGCUAUACUUACAAUAAUAUCUGUCUCUCUUCUUAUAUUGGCUUUGGUUGAUUAUCUUGUACCACCUGUAUCAUCUUUGUUAAGUCCUGUUAACAAAUGGACAGGCCAGAAAGAGAAAAAAUUAAAUGAAAUUUGUCAAAAUUUAUCUAUCAUAAUUUUACAGUUACAAAGUCUAUGGAAAUUAAUGUUAAAGACAAGAAAUGAUCGUCCUAAUGUUUAUUAUGCAGGAAUAAUAACUUGUCUCAUUAUUUGUAUAUGGAUUGGAAGCACAAUUAAUAAUUUGCUGUUGUUUUAUAUAACAGUGAAUAUUCUUUUACUUACACCAGGAUUCAGAUAUAAAGGACGAGCAAUGUCAGUUAUAUCAUAUGUGCGCGAUUCUUUAUCUCAUGAUAAACAAUCAUAAUCAUCA